GUACUUGUAAGCAAUGUUCGCACGUUUUCACCAAAGGUUAUUUCUGGGCUUUUACAGUUGCUCCUCGCGCGCCUUCAACUGAAUUGUGCACGCUUCCACAACAACCAAACUGGCCCAUGAUGUCGACUCAGGCGUCCAACGCGCAUGCGCCACCCUCUGUCACUUUUCAUGACGAACACAAGAUACCCAUCCUCACCACUCAUCACGAUAAACUAGAUCAUUUCCAGCUAGACAAGCAAGGACGCACCGACGCACCGUAUGUUGAGGAUGUGUACGAAACCGUACUUCCAUGGUGGAGAGCAACUAUACGAGCCCGAAUUCUCAGUUCGAUGAAACGAGAAAGUCUAAUAUUGGCCCGGAUGCAGGAAUCCAUACGACACCCGUGGUUGGACUUGUAUUUCCUCUAUAGUUCAACUCUUGGAACCCAUACGUUCUUCAUGAUUGGCCUACCGUUAACAUUUUUCUUUGGCUACGAGGAGCUCGGACGAGGCCUGGUGAUUGUUUUGGCUUCCGGAGUCUACAUUGUUUCGUUUUUGAAGGACCUUAUUUGUUCACCUCGUCCAUUGGCCCCUCCUGUAACGCGACUGACGAUCGGGACGCACCACCUUGAGUACGGGUUUCCCUCAACGCAUUCUACGAACAGCGUAUCCAUGGCGCUUUUUAUCUUCGGCUACGUUAGAAGCGCCUACAUUCAAUCAAACGCAAUCUCAUCGUCGCUCUACUAUGGGUCAUGCGCCAUCCUUGUAAUAUACGCCGUGACUGUAGUCUUCGGCCGAUUGUACACAGGCAUGCAUUCCUUUACCGACUGUGCGGUUGGUGUCUUCCUUGGGGUGGUAAUCUGGGGGGCCUAUGUGAUUAUGAAAGAGACGUUUGGGAAUUGGCUGGCAACUGCACACUGGAUAGUUCCGCUGACAAUGAUUCCCAUCUGUCUACUUCUUGUACAUUACCACCCACAUCCUGUUGAUGACUGCCCAUGCUUCGAGGAUGCCAUCGCGUUUGUCUCUGUCUUCCUUGGAAUUGCACUAUGCCGGUGGCACAGCGUGUACUCUGGUGUUGACGAGCGCUUCUUAAGUUCCGUGAUGCCUGGAUCUCAAGGAACCGUGUGGACUUGGGAGGAUAGAGCUUCAUGGUGGACUCUAGCUUGUGCCAAAGUUACCGUCGGCAUCCUCGUAAUUUUUGUAUGGCGAAUUCUCGCCAAGUCGCUCCUGCACCUCGUUCUUCCUCCUCUUUUCCGUCUUCUUGCAUCCUCCUUUGAUCUGCCACAUCGACGCUUCUAUACCCCUGCAACAGAUUACCAACACAUGCCAGUUGAAAGCAGUUUGCGCCCGAUUCCGAGUGUUAUCGACCUUCCUGGUGUCCUAGAGGUUAGCGCAAUCAGGGAAAGGUCGGCGUUGGGAAGAACAAGUGAGGUCAAGCGAAGAGGUGUGAAGUCGAAUGACGGUUCACCAUCAGUCAAUGGAGAAAAUUACAGCGGAUCCGAGCUCGAGAAUAGCAACGGGCCAUCUCAACGCAAGGAAGUUAAGCACUACGAUGCUGAUGUGUUGACGAAGGUAGUGGUCUAUGCUGGCAUGGCAAUCUUGGCUGGCGAAGGUUUGCCCGUUACAUUUGCCCUUUUGGGCUGGGGCGUCAAGCUAUGAUGAUAGCUUUACUGGCUAUGAAUGAUGUAUGUAGUAACUAAUUGUGGAUGUUGGUAUUUCUUUGACAUGCUACUUGAAUCCUCCUUGAUUUCAUGCGUGAUUGCCUUUGGGCAAUGUGAUGGGGGAUUAAAAUUAGCGCCAUGUACACGUUGCCUGUGAGCAGGAGUCUGUAGUACUGCAUCUACACGCGAAAUCUUUCAUUGUGGCAUUGAGAC